AUGACAUCAGCUUUACUUCACGCCGUGGUGGGCUCGCCCCAGACUCCAUCCGCCAGACCAGCAGACGCGGCACACAGAAAGCAUCACAAGCCCAACGGCAAAGGCUUCCAGAAUCCCUGGGCAUCGUACAUUGAGCAGAGUGGACCACAGAUUCUCCUCAAAAUCCUCGGCAUGCGCAUUUCGGGCAAGUGGAAAGACCCAGAUACCACUCCUCCGACAGUUCCUGUGCACAAGCCAAACUUCCUCCCAACACGAGAAACAAAAAGCUUGAGGACGACUUGGCUGGGGCACGCCUCAUUCUAUGUCGAGUUCCCCGGCGGUUUGAGAGUGCUGUUCGACCCCGUUUUCACCGAGCGCUGUAGCCCGUUUUCUUUUCUCGGCCCAAAGCGGUACACUCCCGCCCCCUGUCAAGUCGAAGACCUCCCAUAUGUCGAUGCGGUCUGCAUAUCCCACAGCCAUUACGACCAUCUCAGCCAUCCCACCGUCGUCAAACUCGCCAAGAAAUUUCCCAAUGCCCAAUUCUUCGUGCCGCUAGGUAAUCGGACAUGGUUUGAGAACAGCGGAAUUCGAAACGUCACCGAAAUGGAUUGGUGGGAGGAACGAGAAUUAACUUUAUCUGCGACCGAUUCCACCACCAGUGCGCUAGAAAGGGAUAAUAGCAACCCUUCUCAACCCAGUGAUAUCCGCGCCACCAUCGGCUGUCUUCCAUGCCAGCACACGAGCGGACGUACGCCUUUCGACAAGAGCCGCACGCUGUGGGCGGGCUACUCCAUCACUUCCGGUGGGAAAAAGCUCUGGUUCGCCGGCGACACCGGCUACCGAACCGUCCCCGAGACUCAAACCACCGAGUUCGACUACAGCGAGAAAUUCGACGAUCUGCCCAGCUGUCCCGUCUUCAAGGAAAUUGGCGAGCUCCGCGGCCCCUUUGACGUCGGUCUGAUUCCAAUCGGUGCCUACGACCCCAGAUGGAUCAUGAGCCCCAUGCAUGCCAACCCCUACGACUCGGUGAACAUCUUUGCCGAUUCCAAGUGCAAGACGGCGCUGGGCAUGCAUUGGGGCACUUGGGUGUUGACCUCGGAGGAGGUCUUGGAGCCGCCGCGGUUGUUGAAGAAGGCACUCGAGUGGAAAGGGUUGGACGAGAAGGUUUUUCAUGUCUGCGACAUUGGCGAGAGCAGAGAGUUCUGA